GGGGGGGAGCGGAAGUCCCGGCGGGCAGUGCGGCGCUGCAAUGGCGGCCAGCGACGGUCGGGCCCCGCCGCCAACGGCGUGAUGGACGAGGCUGCGAUCGCGGGGCCGCUUGAUGUGUCUUUAUUUGCGCUCGUCCUCUCCGAUUCUGACCGCCGGCGCUGCUGAGCACGCUGUCCGCUUCCCUUCGAUGCGGCACUGAAGCGAUAGGAGCGGACGGACGGACGGAGUUUCAGCGCGGGGCCAGCGGGCUCGAUGGGGCAGCGAGGACGCAGGGCCCGAGUGCGCCCUGCCAAAUAACCUUGCCUUUCAAGACAAACCAGUGACAUUGUCUUGAUCUGUGAAGGGGAGAAAGCACCAGUCCUCCACUUUAAUGGAAGGUCCUCAGGACUCACAGGAACGACCUGUGAAAAAAAUUCGCCAUGAUGUGGAUAACUCAGAUGAGCAAAGUUUAAGAUCCAGGGAACUACAGAACUUUAUCAGACUGCAGAGUGAACCUGACAGAAAUGAUGAGCAAAAGUUUGAGGAUAGUAGUCAAGCUGUUAAUUUAACUGUGCUGAAUGAAGCAGCAGUUAAAAGUGAAGCGACUCAGAGCAGUGAAUCUGAGACUGCGACAGGGAACAGAUCCAUUGAUACAUUUCCUGGCUCGGUUAUAACCUGCACGGGUUAUAAUCCACGAGUGCCAAAUCAAGACAAUGCCCUAUUAUUUCCUACAAAGCCAUAUCCGCACCUUUUCUCUCCACCAAUAGUGCAAGCUUCUUACAUAGGAGAGGCACGAUACUCAGCAAUGCAGCAGUCAGCAUCUUACACUGCAUAUCCUCAACCAAGUCAGCCUUACGGACUACCUCCAUUUGAUGCAUUGUGGCCUGGUGUGAAAACUGAAGAUGGCACACACAGUCACCCUGGAUACCUCAGUUACAGUACGGGAUUUAGCUCAGACCAAACCAGUCCAGCUUAUUAUACAUAUCCUGUUCAAGGUGCAGGAUUCCCAAGAACUGGUAUUUAUUCUGGUGGAGCUGUUGUUGCCAAUGUUGCAGCUCCUAGCAGUUCAAAUCAGGAGUAUCAUUCCUACACAUCACUUGGACAAAGCCAAUAUGUGCCAUAUUUUCCCAGUUCAAGUUAUGCAUCGACGGGGUCUUCAAACUCUCCGCCUGCCAGCAGCACCACUGCUGUCACCUACCAACUGCAAAAAUCAGAAGCUGAAGUGUCCAGUUCCAAGGAUCAGGGUUUUCAAUCAGGAGCUCCGGAUGCAGGCCAGACUCAGUCAACCGCAGUAGUGAAGGAGCUUAAGGAACAAUCUCAGAAAAAUCCAAGUGGAAAAUCUAGGGGGAAAGGAAAGAAGAGCAGUUCAUCACCUCCACCUGACAAUGAACUGGAGCGUGUAUUUGUUUGGGAUUUGGAUGAAACCAUUAUCAUCUUUCAUUCGCUACUGACUGGGUCAUACGCACAAAAAUUUGGAAAGGACCCGGCAUCAGCUUUGACCUUAGGGUUGCAGAUGGAAGAAAUGAUCUUUGAUCUUGCUGACACUCACUUAUUCUUCAAUGACUUAGAGGAGUGUGAUCAAGUUCACGUGGAGGAUGUUGCAGCUGAGGACAAUGGACAAGAUUUAAAUAACUAUGACUUUGCUACUGAUGGGUUUCACGGAUCAGUGCCUGGCUCCAGCCAUUCCUCGGGAGGUAUUGGCCAGGGAGGUGUUGACUGGAUGAGAAAGCUGGCCUUUCGAUAUCGACAAGUAAAAAAAAUUUACAACAACUACAGUACAAACGUUGGAGAGCUUCUUAACCCAGCCAAGAAGGAUUCGUUACAACAAUUAAGAGCGGAUAUAGAGGUAUUGACGGACUCCUGGCUAGCAACUGCGUUGAAAUCAUUAAUGCUAAUUCAAUCAAGAAAUUGCAUUAAUAUCCUGGUCACCACAACCCAACUAGUUCCAGCUCUGGCUAAGGUGCUGCUGUAUGGAUUAGGUGAAACUUUCCCUAUUGAAAACAUUUAUAGUGCCACAAAAAUAGGUAAAGAAAGCUGUUUCGAGCGCAUUAUGUCCAGGUUUGGAAAGAAGGUUACGUAUGUCGUCAUUGGAGAUGGUCGGGAUGAGGAGUAUGCAGCUAAACAGCACAACAUGCCAUUUUGGAGGAUAUUGAAUCACGGUGACCUGAUGUCAUUGCAUCAAGCUCUGGAAUUGGACUAUCUGUGAACUGGAAAGGAACACAAAGCUGAGCUCCAUGUGGCUUGCAUCUUGCUUCAGUGUGGACCACUAACUAUGUUCAUAAAGAUUCUUGUCAACCCUGGACAAAUACUGUUAGGGCCGUGAGCAGUCCAGAUAUCGGAGUGAUCUGCUUAUUAAUGUUGGGCAUUAACUUAAGUACAGACAUGCACGGGGUGCAAGAGCUUUAUAGGGUGAAAUUACUGCCCUGUUUUUAAAAUGUGCUUAAAUGCAAAAAUCCUUUGAAUUGGAUCUUUAAAAUAAGACCAUAUCUUGCAUUGAUCUGUAGUCAAGCUGUGCCUGUUCCUUUUUAAAUGCACUGAAACCUUUGUUGUUAUUAAUAAGGAGACUGUGUGCAAGACAUUCUUUGGAAAUCUUGCUGUGUAAAUGUUCCUCAACAUCUACACUUAAGCAUUGUCGGAUCCAGCAGUGUUACAUUGGGAAAUUGGUUGCAGAAAUGCAUUGGAGAUUUUUUUUUGGACAAAUUUGAAGGAGCGGACCUAUCUACUUUUUUUAAAUAUGACUUCAUUUUAAUUGGGGUCUUUUAAUUCUGGUAGAUUUUUUUCAAUAAACGCUUUCCUUGGGUUGUACGUAAUUCUGAAUGUUGCCAUGCUGUUGCAGGGCUGUAGACUGAGCAUGAAAUACCACCUCAAAAUCAGCAGCUAGUUUUCCUUUUUAACGCUACCUGGUGGUUAAGGAGGAUGAAGAUGAUGGCCUCGACUAAAAGCAAAUGAAAUGGUGGGAAUACCCAGGUUAGGUAGCAUUUGUGAAAUGAGUUAAUGAUUCAGGUGAAGGGCCUUUCAUCAAAACUGGAAAACGCUAAGAGAUAAAACUGACACAGCAGGGAAGUUUGUUUGGAGGGGUUGGGGAGAGAUGGAGGAGGAAAGAUCAAAGGGAGGUCUCUGAUAUUUUGUACAAUUUGACAAUAGAUAUAAUGGUACAAGGAAUAUGCUGAUCCUCAUCCUGUUUUUCCCUCCAAAAAUUGAACUGCUUCAUUCUAUCCUCUUUGGCAGCAACAGAGUCACUAUAUUAGUGAUUUUCUGUUGUUAACGGCUCUACUCAAUGUUCAGGCAUAUUUUUAUGUGAUUACAAGUGGAUUUUCCCUUUUUUAGUCAAAUGCCACCUAGAAAAUAUUUGAUUUGAGCAACUCGGAUAUCUGAGGUGCGGAUAAUAACAUGUAUUAGUUCAUCUCUGAAUAAAUAAAGCGACACAGAAAAACAUAGUUGCUGGACCUACUGCUGUUUAUUUAAAAUAUUUAUGAACUAUUUAUUCCUAAAUAUGGAAUGCAAUUGUAUGUUGGAAAUUUGUUUGAAUUCUCUUUGAUCCAUUGCUUACCUUGCAUUUGGGAUUUUGCACCAUGAUCCAUUGUUUUAAAUUAAAUUGAGUUCAAGUUAUGGAAUAUAUACCAGAAAUAUUUCAUGAGGGGUUUGGAUAUGAUGCUUCACGCAGAGACUGAGUUGAAUAUCAUCUGAAAGAUAGUGACAUGAAUAUCUUCUGUGUCAUUCCCAAGAUGAAUGAUUUGUACUCGACAAAUUAAGUUCAAGGUAGAACACCUUGGGAUCAACUUGGAUCAGCUGUGGUCACCGUUCUGUCAUCUGCCGCCACCUUGCCAGUAGUCGAACAAAAACUAUCGCAAGCUAACUGUGAAGACCAUUUUGCCCCCCCCCCCCCCAAUAGUUGGGAGUGUGAUAUAAAUAUUUAGUAUCAUGACAUCUUGGCAAAAGUCACCGUAAUGCACUUGACAUCAUUCUCUUAAGCUUUCUAUGCUUUGUAAACUAAUUUAUGUAUGUUUUUUUCACUCUGCGUUAACUGCCCAAUGUCCAUAAUGUUUGUACCAUGGGUACAAACCACAGCAUAAUACACGGAUGUCAACAGCAGAACUGUCCAUACUUUCCCCGUAACGUAAUAAUACAAAUGCAAUUUCCGUGUGAAUGGCUGUGGUUUUCUUACAUGAAUUGAGACAUUGGGUGGUCCAUCUGACGAUUGUUUAGGUUAUAAUUGAGUGAUCUGCUUAAAUACGUGUUUCAUACAAUACAGGCAGCUAUGUGGCCACAUGGGAUACAAUUAUGUAAGAAGUAACAAUUGUCCAAUUUGUAGUGGUAAAGAUAUUAAUAAAAAAUUAAUACCAGUCAA